AGCAUAGGAUUGAUUGAGAGAAGAGAGGAGGCCAAAGAUCUAAAGAUCUCAUUCUCAGGUUAGAAGCAGAGAAAAAGAAAUGGGUUCGGCGGAGGAGAGUUUGCUUGUCGUAAGCCACAGAGAAGAUGUAAACAAGAAAGAUGUGCUCUUUGAGGAGAUGAAAAGGCUUUGUUACAUCGCUGGUCCCAUGGUUGCAGUGAACUCGUCUUCGUACGUUCUUCUUGUGAUAUCAAUAAUGAUGGUUGGUCAUCUUGGUGAGCUUUUCCUCUCUAGCACCGCCAUUGCCGUUUCUUUCUGCAGCGUCACCGGUUUCAGCGUCGUUUUUGGAUUGGCUAGUGCAUUGGAGACUUUAUGUGGCCAAGCUCACGGAGCUAAACAGUUCGAAAAGCUUGGAGUACAUACGUACACAGGGAUCAUUUCUUUGUUUCUUGUGUGUAUUCCUUUGUCUGUGCUAUGGACUUACAUGGGUGAUAUACUCUCCUUUACUGGACAAGAUCCUCUUGUUGCUAAACAAGCGGGAAAGUUUGCAACUUGGCUCAUACCGGCGCUCUUUGGUUACGCUACUUUGCAGUCGCUUGUUCGGUUUUACCAAGCGCAGAGUCUGAUUUAUCCUAUGAUUAUAAGCUCAAUCUCUGCUCUUUGUGUCCAUGUUGUCCUUUGCUGGAGCUUGGUCUUUAAGUUUGGGCUUGGGAGCCAUGGUGCAGCUAUUUCGGUCGGGGUUUCUUACUGGCUAAAUGUGAUUGUGCUUGCCUUGUACAUGAAGUUUUCUUCUAGCUGUAGCAAGACCCGUGCAACUAUCUCCAUGAGUGUGUUUAGAGGAAUGGGAGAGUUUUUCCGGUUUGGAAUCCCAUCUGCCUCUAUGAUUUGCCUUGAGUGGUGGUCAUUAGAAUUUCUACUCUUACUAUCUGGUCUUUUACCAAAUCCAAAGCUAGAAGCCUCUGUUCUCUCAGUCUGUCUAUCAACAGUCGCCAUCUUAUACCAAAUAGCAGAGAGUCUCGGCGCGGCAGCAAGUACAAGAGUUGCAAACGAAUUAGGAGCUGGGAAUCCGAAACAAGCUCGAAUAGCUGUGUACACAGUAAUGGUCAUUACAUGUGUAGAAUCAAUAAUGGUGAGCGCAAUAGUAUUUGGUGCAAGAAACGUAUUUGGUUACCUAUUCAGCUCUGAAACCGAAGUUGUGGAUUAUGUAAGAACACUGGCUCCAUUGGUUUCUUUAUCGGUCAUAUUCGAUGCCCUUCACGCGGUUCUUGCGGGUGUGGCUAGAGGAUCAGGGAGGCAAGAUAUAGGGGCUUAUGUAAACCUAGCAGCAUACUAUCUCUGUGGUGUACCAACUGCAAUAAUAUUAGCUUUUGGGUUCAAAAUGAGAGGAAGAGGACUCUGGAUUGGGAUCACAGUUGGGUCCUUUGUUCAAGCUUUUUUGCUCAGUCUUAUUGUUAUCCUCACCAACUGGGAACAAGAGGCGAAAAAGGCCAGACAAAGACUCAUGUGUGAGAUGUUUGAAGAAGAAGAGAAGAAGAGUGUAGAACAUGAAGAGAUUAGCUAAAUCAAAACAAGUCAAUAUGUGGCCAUUUGUUAUUGAAUUCGAUUUUUGGUGUGUACUAUUUAAGUAUGAUAAUAAAUGACUUGAGAGGGAAUUAUGAAUGUGCACAUGCACACGUUUUGGCCUCUACUGUGCUUAAUUUUGUUGUGUUUGUUUUGUCAACUCUAUAUAUAUAUAUAUUUUUUA